AUACGGGAGGUCAGGCCGAAGGUGACGUUGGUGGCGAGGAUGGCAGCAUCUGUAGCGAACUACGACUACAUAGUGGACUGGGAGUUCCAGACGGAUGGGCUCAUCCGCGUCAAGGUUGGACUCAGCGGGAUUCUAAUGGUGAAAGGAACAUCCUACUCGCACAUGAACCAAGUUUCACCAAAACAGGACCUGUACGGCACCCUCUUGUCGGAGAACGUGAUCGGCGUCAUCCACGACCACUACAUCACCUUCCACCUCGACAUGGACGUCGAUGGCGUCGAGAACUCCUUUGUUAAGGUCGAUAUAGCGAGGCAGGAGACCAUCCCCGGGGAGUCCCCUCGGAUGAGCUACCUCAAGGCCACCCGGCACGUCGCCAAGACGGAGAAGGACGCACAGAUCAGGCUUAAGCUCUAUGCGCCGAAGGAGUUCCACAUCAUCAAUCCAUUCAAGACCACCAAAGUUGGAAACCCGGUCGGGUACAAGGUGGUUCCGGCCGGCACCGCCGCCAGCUUGUUGGAUCCCAACGAUCCCCCACAACUCAGAGGCGCUUUUACAAACAAUCAGAUUUGGGUGACACCAUACAACAAGAGCGAGGAAUGGGCGGGAGGGUUAUUUGCGUACCAGAGCAAAGGGGAUGACACGCUAGCCGUCUGGUCUGAGAGGGACCGGCCGAUAGAGAACAAGGACAUCGUGGUGUGGUACACGAUGGGAUUUCACCACGUACCAUGCCAAGAGGACUUCCCGAUCAUGCCCACGGUCUUCUCGAGCUUUGAUCUCAAGCCUGUCAACUUCUUCGAGAGAAAUCCCAUCCUUGUGGCGCCGCCCAACAUGGAGAAGGACCUCCCGGUUUGCACAGCGGCUGCCACGGCCUGAAAGCGCUGCGAGCGCCAAUCUGAUCCCGGCGUGAUAUGUGUGGCAGAAAUCUAUUCAUACAUUUGUAUGAGUUGAUGAAAAAUUGGACCCACAUGUAAGACAGCUCUGGAUUAUGUGUGCCUUAUGAAUGAAAGAAGCAACAGAAAGUAAGUCUUAAUAGUUGAAUAGGAGCAAAUUAAGGAAAUGGUAUAUGGAUCUCGCUUGUAGCACUAUUAUGCUGCUACCCAUCUGUGUGCAAUAGUCAGAUUGCCUGGUAAUAAUUCUGUUUGAUGACAUACGACCAAUAUAAUUUGAGGGUAAGCAAUUAGAGCCAAUAUAAUAUGGGACGUAAUUAAGGGUAGCACCAUGCUGCUGCCGCCCUGAUGCUUGUUGUAUUCCAUGGGUCCAAGUUGUAAGAAUUUGCUAUGUAUUAGGCAAUAAAGGAUGUGGUGU